UCUGUUCCGCUGGGAAGGAAAAACGGAGGGAAGCGUGGGAGACAGGGGAGGUGAACAGAGAGUGAAGAAGGUUUGUGGCAAUGGCGCUGCUGCCGCUUCUGCACCAGGCGUGCGCCUCUCCCCUCUCCCGCCUCCGCCUGCCACCGCACCCUCGCCCUUCCCUCGCUCGCUUCUACUGCUGUGCUCCUCUUCCUGACACCGCCACUGCCACCGCUUCCUCCUCCGCAGCAGCAUUUUCCUCCCGAGUGCUCCUUGGCUUGUCCGAGCAGGAUCUUCGCCAGCUCGCCACCGACUUCGGCCAGCAAAGUUACAGAGGAAAGCAGCUCCACGACCUGCUCUACAAGAAGAAGGUGAAGGAAAUUCAGGAAUUCAGCCACCUGCCGCAGGCAUUCAGGGAUAGCCUUAAGGACGCGGGGUGGAAGGUUGGUCGCUCGCCGAUCCAUAAAAUCGUCACCGCAUCGGAUGGAACCGUCAAAGUAUUGCUGAAGCUGGAAGAUUCAAGACUGGUUGAGACUGUUGGGAUUCCAGCUGAAGAUGAGAAAGGUUCUAUUAGGCUCACUGCUUGUGUAUCAUCACAGGUUGGCUGUCCAUUGCGCUGUGCGUUCUGUGCUACUGGAAAGGGAGGAUACUCAAGAAACCUUAAGUCCUAUGAGAUUGUUGAGCAGGUAUUAGCUAUAGAGGAGCUCUUCAAGCACAGGGUGUCAAAUGUCGUAUUCAUGGGAAUGGGGGAGCCGAUGUUAAAUCUUAAUUCAGUUCUAGAAGCACACCGAUGCUUGAACAAGGAUAUAGAAAUUGGUCAAAGAAUGAUCACAAUUUCCACAGUGGGUGUACCAAAUACAAUCAAGAAGUUAGCAACGUACAAGCUUCAGUCUACAUUGGCAGUCAGUUUGCAUGCUCCCAACCAGAAGCUUAGGGAAACAAUUGUUCCCAGUGCAAAAGCAUACCCGCUGGAUGCCAUCAUGCAAGAUUGCAAAAAUUACUUCCUUGAAACAGGACGGAGAGUUUCAUUUGAGUACACUCUUUUAGAUGGAGUUAAUGAUAGCGUUGAGCAAGCUAUAGAACUCGCCGAGCUGCUUCAUGGUUGGGGCCGUGUUCACCAUGUGAACGUCAUACCCUUCAAUCCAAUUGACGAUUCAGAGUUCAGACGACCAUAUAAGAAAGCGGUCCUAGCAUUCACUGCUGCCCUUGAGUCCCGACGCAUUACAGUAAGCGUUCGACAAACACGAGGACUGGAUGCAAGCGCAGCAUGUGGUCAGCUACGCAAUCAGUUUCAAAAAAGCCCUUUGGCGGUGGGGGAUUAAGCUGAAUCAUCUUGCAAUGCCUGAAGACUACACACCGGAACAAUGCGGCGAGCCAAUCCCAUGUGGCAAUUGUUUUCAUCAAGCCAAGACAUGAUGUUAUGAUGUUCUGAUGAAGCCAUUCACACUUGAAGCUUGCAAAGGAUGAUAUUUUUUGUCCACGUGCAGCAAUUGGGUGAUGCAUCAGCUCAGAACCCUGGCAGUUCUGGACAGUUUUUGGAAUGGGUGACAAUAAAGCGAAGACCUGUCCCCGAUUUGUUUUUGGGUUUCACGCAAGUAGUCAACAUGCUGUAGCAACAUCAGCGCGUUCUCUGGAACUGUAAGACACUGCUCCCCAGAUAACCACGAGAACUGGGCAAAUUUUCAAGACCAAGUUCUAAUGGUUUACCUGUUA